GCUUAUAAUCCUUCUCGAGCUUCGGCCCUGCACCUGUUAGUAUCCCAAGAUGAGGGGCUUCUGGGCGCUACCGGCAGUGUUGCGCCUUACUCUCGCGCACCAGCAUGCGUUCAGCGUCUUUGACGACCUGCUCGCGUUUCCACAGUACGAGGUCGCAUGGCCAGACACAUUCAUACUGGAGGACGAUGCGACCGCUCUCCUCAACCAACAGACGCCGCUCGGCAGUACCAGCACGGGCAAGGCCAACUCGCAGCAUACACAGGAUCUUGCUAAACACGAGCGACCUUCCGCAAAUGCACCCCCCGUCGAAGAUGCGCUGCCGGUCAUAUACGAAGCUGUGGUUCUGCAGGGACAGCGAUAUCUAUGCAGCAUACCCAACAUACCAGAUGAUGUGCCACAACAUAACUCUACAAGCGCGGAAGAGGCAAAGGCGGAGGAGGAGAAGGAGCUCGUGCGUGCAACAGACCGUGGAUGGGAGUUGCUAGAGGGCAUGCGUGGCAACUGCAUCUACUACCUGAGCGGGUGGUGGAGCUACAGCUUCUGCUACAAAGAUGAGGUCAAGCAAUUCCACCAGCUGCCCCCAAGUCGUGGCGUGCCCAUCUACCCUCCAGUUGAGGACACGAGCGUGUACAGCUUUGUGCUCGGUCGCUUCUCCAAGGAUGACAAGCGCAAGAAAGAACACGCGCGCAAGACACUGGGCAGCGAACAGGGCAGCAAGGACGCUCUUGACGACGAGGGCAACGCGCCGGAUGAAGAGGAGAAGGCAUUGGAAGUCCCCCGCUUGGAGUCGAAGGGUUCCAGCAGAUACAUGGUGCAGCGCCUCACAGAUGGAACGGUGUGCGAUCUGACUCACGAGCCUCGCAAGAUUGACGUACAGUUCCAUUGCAACCCUCAGUCCGCCGAUAGAAUCGCUAUGAUCAAGGAGACGAGCACCUGCUCUUACCUCAUGGUCAUAGAUACGCCGCGACUUUGUCAUGACGUGGCUUUCUUGCCUCCGCAGAAGAAUCUCGCACACCCAAUCACCUGUCAGGCUGUCAUUCCUGCAACCGACGCCGAAGAAUGGACAGCUGCUGCACUUAAAGCCAAGGCCCGUGAAACAGAGCGCCUUCUCGCCCUGGCGGAGUCAGAAGACAAUGCGAACACAAACCCUCUACGAGAUAUUACCGACGGUCUUGAAGGCUCUACAAAGCGCGGACCCGUCAUCGGUGGUAUCGAGGUUGGCGCAAAGGCUCUUGUUGGCAGCGAAGGCAACGUCAUCGAGAAGAGUGUUGUGGUUGGUGGCGGCAAGGAGACCUACGUCGGCACCGUCGCAAGCAGUGAUGGCACGCAAAUGUCGAAGGAGGAGAUGAAGAGACUGAAUAUCCCAGAUCCAAAGGACGUUGAGAAGUUGAAGAACAAUCUGCGAAAGUUGGCUGGAAAGAAAGGAUGGAAGCUCGAUCUUGUUGACACGCCAAGAGGGAGGGAGUUCAGAGGCAUCAUUGAAGCUGAUGAUGAGGACGAGAAGACGUCCAAGGAAAAGAAGGGUGGUAAAGCAAAAGAGGAGAACGCUUCGAAGCAAGGCAAAACAGAAAAGGGCGCUGGAAAAGGAAUGGGGGCUGGCAAGCAGGAACCAGUUGAGGCUGUAGACGAGGAGGAUGGGGAGUGGGAGGAGGAAUCACAUGAGGGGAGUGAGGAAGUAUAUAAAGACGAAUUGUAGAUUCUCUGUCAUACCAAUUCAGUUCAAGACAGCUCGAUAUCUCUCCGCAAUGCUUGUUGGGACCAAAUAGUUCUUUCAACACUGUCCGGCAAUUACCAGCGUGAAUGUCGAAACCGGCUCGCUAGCCAUGUAGGAUUAUCUGGAAAUAUACGGCAAGUGAAAAUCCCUG